CACACACACUCACACACACUCACUCAUACACACUCACACACAAGCACACACACUCACACACAAACACACUCACACACGCGUGCACACUCACUCACACACACUCACUCACACACUCACUCACACACACACACUCACUCGAAUACACCCAGAGCCACAUCGCAAAUUUGCCUCGACGAAUCGCUACUUUAUUUUUUUUGCGGACCUAGUGAGCCACACAGAGACACACAGAUACAUUGGGCCAAAACAUAUUUUAUUCUAAACAAAAUUUAUAGAUGAAAUAUAAUAAAAAUCGAAUCUGAUGAAUAGAUAUUGUUAACAUAUUAGGAAGAUCAUCAGACCCAAUAGUCGCGUUUCCGCUCAGAUACAAAACGAGACCCCCCCCCCCACUCCCGUUCGAUCUCAUUUGAGUUGAGUGCCCUUUGAAACAAGUUGAUAACCCACGCCCGCAUUUUUAUAUAUAUCAAACGCACACAACUCAAGCUCGUCAACCGUGGCAGUAAAAGAUACAAACCGUCGACUUUUCCUGCGGUGGCUAACGGGCCAUGUAAAGAAGCUGAAGGAUCAAUGCCCGAAACGUCGCCAAUUAUAUGCAUAUUAUUUUAAGGCGACAGUGUUGCCAACGAUCGUCGUGGGUUUGUUAAUUGUGUUUGUGCACCACCGCCAACGCACACAAAAUAGUUUAAUCGCAUACACACGUUUCUUAUUUGAUUACACAACUAUACAUAUUUAUUUGCAGUUCACGCUCAGAAGUGAGACGAAUGGUAGCGGCACCAGACCGUGAGAUACGGUGCCGGGGUGGGAGGAAGGAUUUAAUCCAGCAGUGGAUAAGACAAUGGAGGAUGUUGAUGACGAUGUUGUUCUCUUAAGAGAUUGCUCGCGCUCGAUUCAUUGUAAACACUUUACAAUUUACGAUCUAUAUCUGCCAUUAAUCGCCUCUCUGCGCAAACGGUCGCACGAAAAACGGAAUCAUUCGCUCGCCCGUUUCGGCCACUUCAUCUUUGCUAUUCUCAACCAUAUCCUGACAAUUAUAUAUUGUGUGGAUAUUUUUUUUUGGGGGGGAGAGGUGUCCCAGGACAGCCAUCUAAUUGGAAUCAUCUGUCUGUCGUGCAGACAUCACGUGGGAUUUAAUGUGACACGUCACGUGGGAUUCAAGUUGCACAAUUACAUACUGGGUGAUGGGGGGGUCAGGUGAGUGGGUAGGUGGGCGAGUAGGUGGGGUGAGGAGUAGAUGGGUGAGUAGGUGGGGUGAGGAGUAGAUGGGUGAGUAGGUACGUCAGCGUGUUGGCGAGCAGGUGGGUUCGUAGGUGAGUACGUGGGUGAGUACGUAGGUCAGCAGGUGGGCGAGGUAGGUGAUGGGUGAGUAGGUGGGUGAGCUUCACAAGCUUCACAAUGAAGGCCCCCUUCAACUGACCAAUGAGCCACGGCACGCGACCGAUUUCGACAAAUCUCAGAAAGCUGAGCAGGUGUUGAGCCUGGAUAGUGUGAACAUGAGCGACCACCAACAACACAAAGCUGUAGGCUGCUGUGGUCAGCAGAUGGCAGUGCAGGAAAACCAAUUGCAGUACUGUACUUCUAUGUCCCCGCAUAUAUGCACCUGGCCUUGAUGAACCCUCACGGACCAGCGUGGCGAAGUAUGGUGAAAACAACCGCCAUAUGGCGUGGGGUAGGCCCCUCAUCCAGCAGUGUGUUGAUGGAAGGGAUUAUACAUUACUUGUAUUGUUACAUAUUCACGUGAUCUGAUCUCGGCGAAAUUUUAGACGUAAUGUUUCGUGUAAGCGUUCCUUUAUCCUGCGUUGAUUUCGCCCGAGAUCUCAACCAAGUUCGUGUCGUCUCAUCUACAGUGCGUUCAGCCACCAUCACUGCCAGGUCUCAACAAUACACUCACUCAUCCACUCAUUCACCCACUCACUCACCAACCCACCCACCCACCCAUUCACUCAUCCACUCAACCACCCACUCAUCCACCCAUUCACUCAUUCACCCACUCACUCACCAACCCACCCACCCACUCAUCCACUCACCCACCCACUCAUCCACCCACCUACUCAUCCACCCACUCACUCACCAACCCACUCAUUCACUUUUCCACCCACUCACUCAUCCAUUCACUCAUUCACCCACCCACUCAUCCACCCACCCACUCAUCCACCCACCCACCCACUCACUCACCAACCCACCCACCCAUUCACUCAUCCACUCACCCACCCACUCAUCCACCGACUCACUCAUUCACUCACCCACUCACUCACCAACUCAUCCACUCACUGAUCCUCUCCCCCACCCACUUAUCCACCCACUCACUCAUCCACCCACUCACUCACUCAUCCACCCACUCACUCACCCACUCACUCACCCAUCCACUCACCCACCCACCCACCCACUCAUCCACCCACCUAUUAAUCCACCACUCACUCACCAACCCACUCAUCCACCCACCCACUCACUCAUCCACUCACCCAUCCACUCACCCACCCACCCACUCAUCCACCCACCUACUCAUCCACCCACUCACUCACCAACCCACUCAUUUACCCACCCACCCACUCACUCACCCGCCCACCACACUAGCAGGUCACAACACUUAUCUCCCUGUCGCUUCCUUCCCUGGAAGCGUUUCACUUCGGACUUCCCUCCCAGCAUCACCGCCUCUCCACGCACUCCUAUCAUUGCAAACUAUCAUAGUGCUGAUUGUUGCUGGCCGCAUGGAGUUUCCAGCCUUCGUACCCCAAUGCUCAGCAGCCGUUAUAUAAAUAUUUUUUUAAAUGUGCUUCAAGUAUAAGCAACCUUCCAAUGUUUUUCUAUACCCAUCAUGUGCAUGCGUAAUUCGUAUUUAUAGUCUAUAAAGACAUCGAUCUGUUUUACCGGCAAUGCCGCCUGUGGGUCAUGUUAUCUCCUAAUUCUCACCGAGUCGAACCCCGCGACCCAUUGCUCACUCGCCGUCUAUCUAUUUGUUCUUGUCCGUGGCACGUGAGGGUUAGUCGCAGUAGUAGCAAUCAGCAGUCACGAGCGAGAGCUAUACUCGAUGUGGUGUGCCGGGUUCAGAAAUGUGUUGUUUUGUCGCGUGUCCCACACCCCGAUGAUGUUAAUCCCUGCGUAUAAUAACUACCGAUAUCGUAUUAUGAACAUUGUUCUAAUAAUUAUAAUAAUUAUUUUUAUCCCAAGUGAUCCAUUGGGAGACAGUAUUCAUUACCUACGUAUAUGUGCAAAGGUAUUCCAGUAAAAAUACCAAUCAGUGUUUUAAUUGUAUGUACGGCAUGUAACCUUUGAUCCGCUACUAAGGCAAUACGUAUAUUCUUUACGAGAAAUGUAAUUCGAAUCUAAUGAUAAUAAUUGCUAUUAUUCUGGGGGACAAAUUCCUCGCGUUGUUAAACGAAAGAGUAAGUGGUGUGCACUUUAUCACGAUGUGAAAGUACAGCUGCCGGUUUAUAAUGUUUGCCGGCGGUGAUUUUGUGUGUGUGUGGGCGUGCGCGCGCUUUGUAAUAAACACUAUUAAACAUGUAAGAAAAACGACAAUAAACACACGUGAUUUUUUAUCAUCAAAU